AUGUUGCGACGACUUACUCUACGAUUCAAUUCCUUGUCGAAACGACGCAAUCACUCCACAUGUGCUCAUUCCAACAACCAAACACUCAAAAGUAGUCAGACAACACUAUCAGUACGCCCACCUUUACUAGUAAUGACACACAGAUCACCUCGGAUAGCAGAAUUCCUCGUGUGCCAUGGCACCCGCCUAUCCUCUACCGUAGCCUCGAGUUCCGUAUCCACUGCUACGACUCUUAGAAACUCACCUUCCCUGGAUCCAUCCACAUUCAAAACCCUGUCCUUCUAUCGCUUUCACACGCUCGCUAAAGAAGAAUUGGGUCCAUGGAGGGAACAGCUUCUGGAUGAUCUUAAACAAUGGCAUAUCGUUGGCCGAAUUUAUUUGUCUACUGAAGGAAUCAAUGCCCAGUUAUCUUGCCCAGAAAAAUAUGUUGAUGCUCUGCGUACCUAUUGCAGCACAGUAAUUAAGCCUAGACUUGGUGAUACAUUGAUGGACCUUAACCUGGGUACUGAACAUGGCCAGAGAGCAUUUAGAGCUCUCCAUCUUGUGGCUGAUGGACUGGAUCCAACAAGCUACAAUCUGUCUAACCAACCAUCGCAUCUCUCUCCUGCUGAAUGGCACAAGAAAUUGGCUGAAUAUAAAGCAAAGCACGGCAAGGAUCCUGUGUUAAUUGAUAUGAGAAACCAAUAUGAAAGUCAUAUUGGUUAUUUUGAAGGAGCCACUCGUCCAGAUGUGGAUACCUUUAGAGGCAGUAUCAAGGCCAUGAAUGAAAUCGUCAAGGACGUUCCUCGUAACCAAGAGGUGUUUAUGUACUGCACAGGUGGCAUUCGAUGCUCCAAGGCAGGUGCAAUUCUUCAAUCGGCUUCUGGGUUUGAAACAGUUCACUUGGUUGAGGGCGGUGUGACAGCAUAUGGACGCUGGAUUCAGGGCCAAGAAGAAAAGUCGUUGUUCAAAGGAAAGAACUUUACAUUUGAUGCUCGUUUGGGUGAAACUAUUACAGAUGAGGUGUUUGGAAAGUGUCACCUGUGUGGCCAGCCCAGUAGUCAGUAUCAAAACUGUACUCAUGCCUCAUGUAACCUGUUGAUGCUCUGUUGUUCUUCCUGCUCGACUCAGUUCCUGAAUACCUGUGGUCGUCUAAAAUGCUAUGAUACCGUCCACAGAUACAGAACCCAGACUCACGAACACUUUAAACCCGACGGACCUAUUAUGAUUGAUGGUGUUCGUGCAUAUGUAAAAGAGGGCGAGAAGAACAUGCGAUCAGAUAUAGAACGUGUUGUGGUGGGUAAGAGUGGUGUGAUGUGUGAACAUAAGUACAACCGCCGUAUUCGUGCCUUUGAAGUUCUUGGAGAACCAGGUCAAGUUCUCGAAGAGUGGGCAAAGGCAGGAAGAGAGUUGCCACCUACUACCGCUACUAUAUAA